AUGGCAGCUACCGAGAACCCACCUUCAUUCACUUGUUUCCUGAGCCUACCACCGGAACUGCAGCUCAUGAUAUGGGACCGUGCCAAACACCGAACCGCCAUUCUGGAGAUCCAAGUCGUGAAAGGCGCGGGCACCAUGAAUCGUCUGUUGAUGCCGCCCUCGGCCGCGGGCUCAUGCGUCAUGGCCAGACAGGCCAUAAUGGGCAAGAGCAUGAACGUCGGAGCCCGGCCAGAACACACCACAUGGACUGACUGGCGUUUUCCUUGGUAUGAGGCUGCCCCCAAGCAGUAUAUCUGGUUUGACUCGCCAGGGGACAUCCUGUACUGGAACACCCAUUACUCCCAGCUGGAUCACAAGCCCAUGCUGCAGCAUCUCGAAAUCCAGAACGUGAUGGUACGCAACGGCACACUCGGGGUCCCGUUCUUGAAGCACAUGUUCGAAAUAUUUCCACGGCUGAAAUCUACCGCUGUUCUCUUGGGAGCCAUCGACCUGGAGUUACCAGCCAUGGGCGGACUUGACCACCACCAGUAUGCGCUGGUGGAUCUAGAGAACCCUGUCCAUGUGGAGCAGCAACAAUGGGACACAAUCCUCAAGAACGAUAUAUCCGAUGAACACCGUGGGACGGCUACUAGUAGUCUAGAAGAAAGUCUAGAAAAGAUUGGAAAGGAAGGCAUCAUCCCCCGAAAUGGCUGGGACUGGGCUACGUUCCACGAAUAUGCCAAGAACAUAUGGCUCGACGUUCGAAACGUCGACUUUCCGUCUGAAAAGAGCAGUUAUCUCUUCCGACUUUGGGUCGGACCGCAAGGGCAUACCCUCGAGUAUCACUGCUGGGCUGAGACUAUCCUGCCAGACAUGUCGCAGCUGCGCAAGGUUGCUUUCGUGAGGAUACAAGGAGACAUAGGGGGGUUGCUGCAAGGAGCGGCCGUCGAGAUUGGCAAGAGGGUCAACAAUGAGGAAUCACAUCAGGGGUCCCUGUCCGUUGGUCAGCGAGAUCGCGAUAAGGACGACGAUCCAGAUCUGUGGGGCGGGAUCGGCGCAGGUUGCCGCUGA